UCCGCCAGUCGGUCCGCGCGCCGCGUUGACGUAUCUGUUCUCUCUUGCACACUGCUGCUAGAAAGACUUGCAGCAGCAGUAGCACAAACGAAGACGGAGAGCCAAGACGAACAGGAGCGAGAGAUCGAUCCGCGUUGCCUGGCUUUUGCCCGACAGAGAAACAGUGACGCAGUUUGUCCUUAUCUACCAAGCUGCAAGCUGACAGAACGCCAAAAGAUAAAAGUGCCAUCACCGUGUGUUUGUUGCACCACUUGCCAGGUCGAAUGCAUCUUAGUCGUACUGUGAAAAGCUCGACGAAAAUAAGCAUCAACAGCCAGAAAAGGGUAGGAGCGCGAGCGAAGAAAGAAGAGCCAAAGCAGGAGGUGCAGGGAGUAUUUAGUAAGGGACUAGAAUUGGAACCACGAUCAAGUUGGAUGAGUUUGCGUGAGGCGGUGUCGUCAAUGAGCGACAUCGCCCAAUCGCCAACAGGGAGUCGGUGAUGGACAAUGAGCAGCCCCAUCAAGAGCUGGUCAAGUGCGUGGUCGUCGGCGACACGGCGGUUGGGAAAACACGACUGAUCUGCGCCCGCGCCUGCAACAAGCACGUAUCACUGUCGCAACUGCUCACCACCCAUGUCCCGACCGUCUGGGCUAUUGAUCAGUAUCGGAUCUACAAGGAUGUGUUGGAACGCUCUUGGGAGGUGGUCGACAACGUGAACGUGUCGUUGCGUCUGUGGGAUACAUUUGGCGAUCACGAAAAGGAUCGUAGAUUCGCCUACGGCAGGUCAGACGUGGUGCUACUAUGCUUUUCCAUAACGAACCCCGUGUCGCUGAGAAACUGCAAGGCGAUGUGGUAUCCGGAGAUCCGUCGCUUCUGCCCCCAAACUCCGGUCAUCCUGGUAGGCUGCAAGAACGACCUGCGAUACAUGUAUCGCGACGAGACCUAUCUGAGCUACUUUCGCGAUCGAAGCCCCUUCGUGAGAGCAACGCGAAAGAGCGAUCUGGUUAUGCCGGACCAAGCGCGCGCGGUCGCGCGAGAGCUCGGUGUCUGCUACUACGAAACCAGUGUAUUCACCUACUACGGCGUGAACGAGGUUUUCGAGAACUCGAUAAGGGCCGCACUCAUCGCUCGUAGACAGCAGAGGUUCUGGAUGACCAAUUUGAAGAGAGUCAAGAGGCCGCUUCUUCAGGCGCCGUUCUGCCCGCCAAAGCCAUUGCCACCCGAGGUCACGCUGGCACCAAGCACCUACGAGGAAAACAUCAAGUCGCUGUGGACUCGGCUCGAUAAGACCGACGUCGCUCUCGUCGCCGGUGGACAGUCCUUCAAUGCCCAUCGCUGCUUUCUCGCUGCUGCUUCACCCACAUUCUACCGCCUAUUCACCAUGGAACUCAUACAGGAGUACACGCCAAGAAGUUCUAGCGAGUCUAGUAUGGUCAGCUCUUUCGGCGAGGCGACAGUUGGCGAGUUCAACGACGACACAGAAUGCCUGAUCCGCAUCGAUCAAAGCAAAACCAAUAAAGUAUGGGAUCAGAUCAAAAGACGCUCGAGUUUUCAAGUAUUGCCAACCCUGGAAACCCAAAGAAAGCCCAUCGGUGCCACUCGAGAACUCAAUCAUCCUGCCUUCCAAAGUAUUCGCGUCACUGUGACUGAAACCAGCAAUGGAGCUCACCAGCAGACGAUUGUAGUCACAUUGUCGAAGCUCAUAACGAGUCAAGCGAUGCAGCAGUGCUUGCAAUUCAUUUACACUGGCAAUCUCGACAAACGCUACCACGAUCUCAAAACAGCUCCUAUCGGGCUUCUACUGGAGGUAAGACAAGCUGCCGAGUUUCUGGAGAUACCCCAACUCUUGAUGGUACUCAACAAUAUGCAGUCGCGUGAGCAAUAUAUGAACAGCGAUAUGAACAAUCAGUUCAAGCAGAUAGUACGGCAAAGGCUUGAAACUCUUUGUCUUGAACAAGGUCUCUUCGCUGAUGUAGUUUUCGACUUAGAUGAUGGCAGCUUGCCAGCUCACCGUGCCAUUUUAACUGCCCGCUGCGACAUGAUGAAAGCCAUGUUUUCCGGUGAUUUUCGCGAAAGCAGCGCAAAAAUAAUUGCAUUUCCCGGAGUGAGGGAAUACACUUUCCAUAAGCUGUUGUGUUACCUAUACACAGACGAAGUGCCGGCAAUCUCAUCCGACAGAUGUUUGAAUUUGCUCGAAUUGGCCAAUCGUUUAUGCUUACCGCGACUCGUGAAUCUCGUUGAAAAUCGCGUUAUCGAGGAUCUGGAGAGACUGUCACAAAACAACGGCAAUGAGGCUGUGGAAAAUUGCCUUCGAUUGCUAGAGCCUUGCAAGCUACACAAUGCCGAUCAACUUGCCGAUUGGUGUAUGAACCAUUUGUGUGUCAAUUACAACAAACUUUGCAAAAUGUCACCACGUAGCCUGCGACUUCUACAUCCUGAGAAUCAGGAGUAUCUGAGCGAGCAUCGCUGGCCUCCUGUCUGGUAUCUCAAAGACUACGAUUAUUAUCAGAAGUGUUUGGCGGAGCAAGAUCGCGAGAGCAAAAAUAAGCCAUCGUUGAAACGCAACCGUAACCAAUCAAACUCAACGUCGUCGCCGUCAUCGUCAGGUUGCUUGUGCUUCUCGUCGUCGAGUAAGUCGCGUCGCUCGGCAUUGACAACAUCGACAACGACGACGACAACGGCGAGCGAGGCGACCCCAGAACGUCCCUUAUUCGAGUCCGCAGUGCAAAUAGCUGAGGUGCAAGAUGACGUAUGACAGGGACCGAGCGGCUCCUUACGCCGCUCUUUGCGUUUUGUCCUCGUGCUGCCCGUGCUGCUCGCCUUUAUCUGCACGAUUUUUACCAUUUUGAUACUGCUACAGAUUUAUACUUAAGCUGUAUCUCCAUCUCUCUUUUAUCUCUAUGUUUUUCUUAUUAUCUCUCCUGCACACUUUUCUUUCUUUCUUUUAUCAGUUGGCUAUCUGCCGUCCGAGAUAGCAGCGUUUGUGUAAUCCUUCUUGAUUGAAUAUUUACUCGUUAAACAAGGGAUUGUUUUUUUGUGGAAAGUACAGGAAUGACGGUUUUGCAACGCAUAUACGUUUUUGAUUUCUUUUCUACUUUUGUCUUAUUCCAUAUGGUGAACGAUGAUAUUACAAACGCUACAUUUACCAUGCAAUAAAUUUAAUUGGAUACUCAUCAUUUGCACUUGUUCAACGAGAAAAAGGAAGAAGCAACUGCUGGAAUUUUCGUAUGAAAAUGAACGGCCCGAGGUGUAGGGUGAAAAAAAUUGCGAGAUAAUAUUUCGUGUUCUUGAAUACCAUUUUAAUCGCAAUAAAAUUAAGAAACAAUUAUAUACAGUAGGGGAAACGUUUUUUUUGUCUUUCGAAAGCGAUGAUAAGUAUUUUUGUAAAGUUUUUGAAAUGAGGAUACGACGACUGGAAUAUUUUCAAAACUUGAUUCGAAAGUCAAAAACUUUUAAUGAGAUGUUUAUGGACUGAAAAUGGACAAGAGAUUAUUAUAUUAAAUAGAUAUUAGGGAAUUGAUUGCUAAUUAAAACUUUUUUAUAUAAUAUUUGUGAUGUCUCGAAUGAUCAACGUUCGAGUUGAAAGAUAUAUAACAGAAUAACUAAAUAAUGUAAUUGUGUGGGAAAAGCAAACUUUGAAAACAAAAAAAAAUAAAUUAUGCGCUCUUCAAUCAACUUUGUAUAUGGAUAAAUACAAUUCAUUGAGAAAGGCUAAAUGUUCUAACUUUUAUCGGACACGCAACAUCAUAAUUAGAAAUCUACUUUCGCACGUAGAUUUUCCCCGUUCAUGUACCUCCGUAAGCGAUUGGAGCUAAAAUAAAAAAAAAACAAAGUAAAAAAGCAUAUCAGAAAACAAUUACCAAAAAAAGAUAAAGGAAUAAUAAAAUGUUAAAAGCGCUCCUAAAAAACAUACAGACACACAAAAGAAAAUACACUCAAUUAGUGAAACUUCCCUAUGAAUGUACAAGAAAGGAAGAUAAAAGUAAAUGGUUCGUAGAAUGGUGAUAGAUGAUUUUGUCGAGAGCAAAAAAAAUACCCACAAUAAUAAAAUUUCUUCUCUACGUAUGUAAAUGGUCUCAUCGGUUUCCGAUUUGCGAAAUGACAAAGUUCCACAUAUUUAAUUAGAUUGACGACGACGUAAUAUGCAAUACAUAAGAAAUAUAAAUAUUAUAAGAAUUUUGUACGUAACUCUUAAUAAAACAUUCGUCCUUCAAAUAUAUUUGACU